UUAAAAUGGAAAAAAUUCAAAUAAGAUAAACAGAGGAAAUGAGUACAGGAAUAAUACUAGUAUUCAUUAAACAAUUACUCAAAAUAGUUAAAAAAUAUCUUGCAUUCUUUCAGACAUCAGCAUUCUCAUUGAAGUAUUGAAUUCAUCUCAGAUGUUUCCCUGGAGAAAUUAAAAAAAGGAUACAAACAAGUCAACAAUCCAGUCCAGAGCUGUACAAUGAAUGUGGAGCUGAAGUACAAAUAUCUGAAAGCAGGAAACCCUCAGUAAAAGUUCAUUUCUCACGAUUAUUAAUUUCUCUAUUAUAAAAGGAAACAAACCUGAACAAAGAAAUAAACAAGUCACAGAAAGGAGUGAAGAAGGGAGGGAAACAAAGAUGGGAGGAGCAGAAAGAGAGUGGAUCGGUGAUAUCAGUCUGUUCUGAUAAAAGAAGAAACACAAACACACCUGAAACACAACAUCUACAGAAAUGGAGAGAAUCACACUGAUGUCUGUUCUGCUCACAGUCGUGGUCAGUUCGUCUCUGCGUCAGUAUCACUUUGUGAAUCAGAAGAAGAACUGGACUGAAGCUCAGAGAUACUGCAGAGAUAACUACACAGAUCUGGUGUCUAUCAAUGACAUGAAUGAACAGAAUGACACAAAUCAGCUCCUACAGAGAGUGAACAUCAGUGCUGACCGUGUCUGGAUUGGGCUGCAGGACGCAUGGGUUUGGUCUCUGAAAAACUCUGACUUCUACAGAGGAGAUGAGUCUCAGUUUAGGAAGUGGGGACCAGAUCAACCAAAUGGAGAUGGAGACUGUGUUUAUAUGAAGAGUGAUGGACAAUGGCAUGAUGUAGACUGUAGUACAACAAGACAUUUCAUCUGCUAUAAUGGCAGCAGUAAAGGAUUCGUCCCUGUACAGGAGAAAAAGAACUGGAUUGAAGCUCAGAAUUACUGCAGAGAGAAUCACACAGAUCUGGCCAGUGUGAGGAAUGAGACGGAGAAUAAUCAGAUAAAGAAAAUCAUAAACCAGAACCUAACUUCACCUAAAGAAGCCUGGAUCGGUUUGUACAGAUUCUGGGUUUGGUCAGACAACAGCAACUUCAUAUUCAAUCUCUGGAAGAGUGGUGAACCCAAUGAAAGAGCUACAAAUUACAGCAUCUGUGCAUCAACUGGUAUCAGUGGUGAAGGAGGAUGGACAGACGAGCGUUGUUCAGUUCAGCAUCUCUUUGUGUGUUAUGAUGUUAAACUGGUUCUGAUCCGAGAGAAUAAGACGUGGUCUGAAGCUCUGAGAUACUGCAGAAAUAUGAGCAUGGACCUGGUGUCGGUGGAUUCGGAGCAGAUGCAGCAGCGGGUGAUGAAUGUGACCUCGAGCGCUCUCUCUGAUCACGUGUGGCUGGGUCUGCGUCACUCCUGCACAGUGGGGAUCUGGUUCUGGGUCAACGGUCAGACCGUGUGCUAUGAUCAGUGGGCUUCUGGUUAUGACAGUGGACCGGACGAAUGUCAUAAGACGGUCAUAUCCGGAGUCAUUCGAAAGAAUGAUACUCGCUGGAUCAGCCGCCCUGAAACUGAUAGAUACAACUUCAUCUGCAUCAAGUGAGUGCUGGAGACUCACUGCUUACAUCUGAUCCAGAUUACAAAUAUUCUGUACUUUUAAUUAGAUCGCACUACAUUUUAAUAUGCCUAUAAAUAGAGGACCGUUAAUUUCUUAUGGAUUACAUGUUCACACAAUACCAGUAAAAUAUUCACUUAAUUAUAAAGUAAUUACAAAGUACUCAGAAAACAUUACUUAAAACGUGAAAUCUAAUGGAUUGUUACUAAAUAAAAUGUUCAUUAUGUACUUUAUAACCAGUAACAGACUUAAUAAUAUAAUAUAAUAUAAUAUAAUAUAAUAUAAUAUAAUAUAAUAUAAUAUAAUAUAAUAUAAUAUAAUAUAAUAUACCCACUGUGAAUCAUAUAACAGAUUAUGAAAAUUCAAUAAAGCCAAUAGGACUUGAUUAAAAAAAAUAAUAAUUCCAGUUUACUUGUAAAGCUCUUUUCACAAUACAUACCGUUUCAAAACAGCUUCACUAAAAAUUAAUAUUUCAUAGUUAUGAUCAUGAAUUUUUCUGUUAUUGGACUCAGAUCAUCUCAAUUUAGAAUCUUUAAUGUCUAUUUGAACUUCUGUCAUGUUUUUAUUUGUUUAGGAUCAAAUAAAUGAUUCAGUUUCACGACUCAUGAGGUGAUGGAGACAACAAUUUACUGUGUUUUCUUUCAUUUGACUUUAUUAUUAUUUUUGUAUAGCAUGUUAUUUAGUACUAAGCACUUACAUUUACUUUUCUGAAAAUAAUAUGUUCAGGAAACUUCAUCUAAAAUGACUGCAAAUAUACUAAUUUUAAUGCAUGCAACUUGAUAUGAGACACAAGUAUCUAAUCGGACACUGUGAUGGAAAAUAUGUAUGUGUCAUGUUCAGUUUUGGUUUCAUUUUGAUAGACUUUUAGUUUUCUUCCAGUUUGUUUGGUCGUCAUGGUUUUUAAGUAUCUUCUUAUCUGUCACUAUAGUUACUGAUUAUGUUGUUCACCUGUGUCUCAUUAAUUUCCUUUAUUACUGUGUAUUUUUUUUAAAUUCCUCUCACUUGGCAUUGUAGACUAUUAAUAUUUUUGACUCGAGUGUUAUGUUCCUCUGUAUAAACUCAUCUACAAUGAAUUCAUGUAAACAUAAUUGGAUAAAUGUAACAAUUUUAUAUAAUGAUAAUGAAUGUUAAUUGAGUGACUUUAUGGAAUAUUUGCACUAUAUUUGAAAAUCAGCUGAAGCAAAUA